CGCCCCGUCUAAAUGUUCUUUUAGCAAUAUUCUGCAGCUGAUUCUUCAGAUCCUUCUGUCUCUUGACAUGACAGGAAGCAUCAGUAGUGGCAACAAUAUAGAACAUGAGGAACAUUAAGAAUGGGUUUAGAGGCUAUGAUCUGGAGUCACUAUGGAAAAGCUGUUUUGUUGCUUCUUGUAAUAGUUGUUAUUUUACAAGCUUAUCAUAUGUCGAAACUUAUGAAAUAUCAUGACAGGAAAAAGGCUGAGUUUAAUGCUGUGGAUAAUUUUCAUGAGGAAAAGAAAAGUGAUAAAAAAGUAGAGAAGAAUUUAAGAGCAGCUCACAGCAUUAAACAAAAUAAUUUGCUGAAGUACAUUGAAAAACUGGAAAAUCCUCAUGUGAUGGACUCAAGUGGAACGUAUAUGAUAAUUCCUGAUAUUUUAUCAACUGUGACUGAAGAAAGUAAUGAGACUUUGUCUAUAUGUACACAGACAACUGCUAAUAAUUUACAUUAUUUGAAAGAUGUGACAGAAACUUGGCAUGGGCCAGUGUCAGUGACAGUUUUUACACACAGUUAUGAUGCAGUAUUCGCGCUGUACUCUGUUGUAUAUAUGCACAAUUGUUUGGAGAAAGUACAAACUAUGGUGAGAUUUCACAUAGCAUUUCCUAUAUCAAACCCUCCUGUUAAUUUAAAAACAAUCACAAAUAUGGAAAUGCACUGUGAUAACUUUGAAAGUUUUACUUACGGGAAUAAAAAUAACUACGAGAAUGAGAUUCCAUAUCCACAUAAUGUAUUACGUAACAUCGCUGUGACUUAUUCAAUCACUCCAUAUAUAUUAAUAAUAGACAUAGAUAUGAUUCCAUCCAAAGAUUUAAAUGCUCAUUUCUCCCAGUUUUCAAACCGGAAGCAAAGUUCAGUAACAAAAGAAGAUAAAAAUAUGGAGGAAAAGUUAGUGUAUGUUGUACCAGCAUUUGAAUCAAAGUCUAGCAGUAGAGUAUAUGAUAAACAGUUUCUUAUAAACGAAUGGGACUUGCAAAAUGUGCGUUCAUUUUAUCAGAAUGUUUGUUGGAAGUGUCAGAAAGUGACAGACUAUGACAGAUGGCGGGGGUUACCUAGCUUGCCUUUCUUUGAUGUCGGAUAUGUAUUGGAAUGGGAGGAUCCGUGGGAACCAUUCUAUAUUGCCAGGAAGCAGAAUUUACCGUUGUAUGAUGGGAGAUUUAAACAGUAUGGAUUUAACAGAAUCAGUCAGAUUUGUGAGCUCCAUAUAGCUGGGUACCAGUUUGCUGUUUUAAAUAAUGCAUUUUUAGUGCACAGAGGAUUUAAGGAACCAGGAAAAUUUCACUCCAAGAAAGAUGAAGAGAAUGACAAGAAUAGGGAAUUAUUCAGACUUUUUAAGGAAGAAUUAAAGGAACGUUAUCCUUCAUUAAAUAGGCAGUGUUGAACAGUAAAAAGUAUUUUGUAAAAGAAAAAUGCUGUGAUUAAGAAUUACCUAUAAGCAUUGUGCAUGUAUGGGACUCAUUAAGCCAGUAAAUAGGAUGUAGGAUUACUACACAUUGGCAAAAGGAGUCAAUGCAAGUGAUUACUUCACUACAUAUUGGCUAAGGAAGUGCAACUACAUUAUAACAUUAAUACAUAAUGGCUAAGGGAGUGAGGCCACAUGAUUAAUACUUUACUACAUAUUGGCUAAGGGAGUGAGGCCACAUGAUUAAUACUUUACUACAUAUUGGCUAAGGGAGUGAGGCCAUAUGAUUAAUACUUUACUACAUAUUGGCUAAGGGAGUGAGGCCACAUUAUAACAUUGAUACAUAUUGGCUAAGGAAGUGAGGCCAUACGAUUAAUACUUCACUACAUAUUGGCGAAGGGAGUGAGGCCACAUGAUUAAUACUUCACUACAUAUUGGCUAAGGGAGUGAGGCCACAUUAUAACAUUGAUACAUAUUGGCUAAGGGAGUGAGGCCAUACGAUUUAUACUUUACUACAUAUCGGCUAAGGAAGUGAGGCUACAUGAUUAAUACUUUGCUACAUAUUGGCUAAGGAAAUGGGGUCACAUGAUUAAUACUUUACUACAUAUUGGCUAAGGGAGUGAGGCCAUAUGAUUAAUAUUUCUCUACAUAUUGGCUAAGGGAGUGUGGCCACAUGAUUAAUACUUUACUACAUAUUGGCUAAGGGAGUGAGUACUUUACUAGAUAUUGGCUAAGAGAGUGAGGCCAUAUGAUUAAUACUUUACUACAUAUUGGCUAAGGAAGUGAGGCCACAUGAUGAAUACUUUACUACAUAUUGGCUAAGGGAGUGAGGCCACAUGAUUAAUAAUUUACUACAUAUUUGCUAAGGGAGUGAGGCCUCAUGAUUAAUAAUUUACUACAUAUUGGCUAAGGGAGUGAGGCCUCAUGAUUAAUAAUUUACUACAUAUUGGCUAAGGGAGUGAGGCCACAUGAUUUUUUUUCACUAUAUAUCGGUUAAGGGAGUAACUAAAACUUAAUUCCUGAAGGUAUAAACAUGUGUUAAAAUUUAAUUUCGUAGUAGUUAGGUGAAGGCUAGUUGGUUGUAAAAAUAUUAAAGUAGGGAAAUAUUGUGAUUCUUUAGUUAUUUCUGAGUUUAGUUAGUACAAUUUUAACAUAUUUAAGUGUGAUUGCGAAACAAGCUCUUCCAUAUUUAACUGAUCACAUCAUAAUUUGCUAUGAGGUCAGGGGGUUGUGAUAUAUUUUGUACACUAAAAUAUUACAGAGGGUAAAUAAGAUUUUUUUUACAAUUCUUUUUGCGGCCAUGUAUUUUGGUUUGGGAUUUUUACUACUAGAUAUGUGUGGAUCAAAAUUGGAUACACAUUUGUGCAGUAAAAUGUAAAUGUCAACAUGUCAGCUUGUUGUUAUUUAAUUAUCUGUUAACAGAUAAUUGAAGGUUUGGGGAAACAUUAUGGAUAAUCACAAAGUCUGAAAGAGGCGAGAGACAUGCAUCAUACAUGUCAUAUGUGGAGGAUUAGGCAUUUGAUUUUUUUUUUUAAAUCUAAUCGAUAGUAAAAAGUUAUUUUGGAAAUACAUGUACCUUAAUUACUAAGAAAGAAAUUCAGAAAAACACUACUUAAUCUGGUACUAAUUUAACCAUUUUGAAGUUCACUAUAGCUAAAAAGUCACAUCAUGGAUUCCGCAUCCUUUUUAACAUGAAACUUAUCAAAGAAUAUCUCUUAUUCCACUCUCUAGAACUGAGAAUAAAUAGUUAUUUAUACUAGCACUGUGCUGUUUACUCCUUGGUGCUGUCCAUAUCUCUUCAUGACCAGGUAUGUUAGUCUAAGAAUGAACUCUGUUAUGUAAUAUGACUGGCUGACUGAUUCAAAAUUUCUGUUUUACUUGUAUAAUAUUAAAAUCACAUUUUAGUGCUUGAAGCAUAGAAUUGUCAUAUAGUAAUAUUUAUGCCUGUACGGGGUUUAGAUAAUUGUCUAAAUGA